AUGUCAAAAACACGAGUCGCUCCUGUGAAAACACAUACUAUUCCUAGAUUGGAAUUAUGUGGAGCUCUACUACUGUCAAAGUUGUAUAAAGUUAUUAUACCUCUAUUUGGAAAAAGUAUCUCCAAUAUAAGACUGUGCUCUGACGCAAAGUUGGUGUUGAACUGGCUGAAAACGCCAGCUUACAAGCUCAAGACUUAUAUAAGCAAUCAAGUUACACAAAUACUCGAAUUAACCUCUCCAGAAAACUGGUUUCAUGUACCUACAGAAUCGAACCCAGCUGAUUUAGCCUCAAGAGGGCUUGCUGCACAAGAUAUUGUUGAAAACUCACUCUGGUGGAACGGACCUCCAUCUUACCAUGUCCAAUUCAAGGAUUUGCCAAUCUCAAGGGUCGACAAAAUUGUCGAUGAGUCUGAACUGAAGCCACCAGUGUCAAUUCUCACUACUACUGUAGUAAAUAAACCACACGCUCUUGAAUGUUUCGAGAAAUACUCCAAUAUACACAAGGCAACACGUGUAUUUGCCUAUGUGUUGCGAUUCAUAGAAAAUUGUAAGCUGAAAAAAGUAAGGGAACACAAUCUUCGCAGCCAUACAGCACUACGCGCUCGCGCUGCUCGCGCUGCUCGCGCUGCUCCACCUCCGCCGUCUGUUGCCGAGUGUCGUUCGGCUCUCUUGUGUAUCGUGAGGUUGACACAGGCCUUCUAUUUUGCGGAAACAUUGAAGCUUCUCAGCAAGGGAGAAACUCCACCACAAGAACUGCUCUCUAUUUCGCCUUUCGUCGAUUCUUCCGGUCUUCUCAGGGUGGGCGGACGCCUCCGCAACUCCAGCCUUCCGUAUGACAGCCGUCAUCCACUGUUGUUGCCAAAGUUAUCUCAUUUAAGCACUCUGAUUUGUGAUCAGAUUCACAGAGAUAAUCUUCACGUCGGACCUCGCACAACUCAGUCACUAGUGGCUCGCAAAUAUUGGAUUAUAUCAGCGCGCAACCUCAUAAGGAGCAGAUUGCAUCAUUGUGUCUGUUGUACUCGCAUGCGAGCUCGAAGUGCGAAGAAUACGAAGUGCAGCUCACUCAAAAAACCGAGAGUGUAUAAGGGCUAUCUUGCAUUGUUCAUAUGCUUAGCGGUGAAAGCUGUUCAUUUGGAAUAUGUAUCGGAGCUGACCACUGAAUCGUUUCUUGCCGCUUUCGAUAGAUUCGCAUCCCGUAGAGGCCUACCUUCUCACGUAUACUCUGACAACGGAUUGAGCUUCGUUGGAGCUGCUAAAAAAUUAUCAGAUAUCUCGAAAUUCUUGGCUGACAGUAAGACUGACAUUUUUAAUGCUCUUGUACAACGUGAAGUAACCUGGCACUUCAAUCCACCUAGCGCACCCAAUUUCGGCGGUAUUUGGGAAGCAAAUAUUAAAUCAGCGAAAACAGUGUUGAAAAUUCAAAUUGGUGAUAAUCCAAUGUCAAUGGAGGAAUAUUUCAUAGUGUUAUCUCGUAUUGAAUCAAUUAUGAAUAGCCGUCCUCUAUUGGAGCGUUCACAGGACCCCAACGAGACUUCACCUCUGCUGACACCCGGUCACUUUCUUAUCGGCCGACCGUUGCUACAAGCUGUGGAGAUCCCGCUGGAUACUACCACCCCCGUACGGCAGCGAUGGACUCAUCUACGCCGAAUUGUGCAGACGUUUUGGAAUCGAUGGAGUACAGAAUAUCUACAUACGCUUAUGCAGCGAAACAAGUGGAAGACCCCCUCAGAAUCCUUGAAAGUGGGUCACAUAGUGCUUAUCAAGAAUACGAGUACCGCGCCCACAUUGUGGCCUCUAGGCAUAGUCGAACAAAUAUUUCCCGGACAAGACCAAGUAGUAAGAGUGGCAUUGAUUCGUACCGCCUGCGGCCACCUCACGCGACCUGUAAACAAACUCAUAGUGUUGCCAAUAGCUUAA